CUGAAGAUUUACCAGACGUUAUCAGGCACUUGGUUUUGCAAUAAUCGUUAUCUCCACUCUGGUCCAAGUAUUACCUUCAGUAAAUGUGAGAUACUUACUGAAUCCACACACAUACCUCCGGUCUAAUGGCUGACUCAGAAUUUCCAAUAUGUGAAGCACUUGAAGAAACCAAUGAAGAUGUUUUUGAUGUGGAGUCUACUCUUCAGGGACUACAACUCACAAAUGAAGACUCUGACAUUCCACAUUGGCUACAGCAUGUCGAGUCCCCCUUCAAUUGGAUGCCAAAACGAUUUUCCGAUGUACCACCAAAAGAAGUCAUUUCAAAAGCUACAGAAAGAAUAGAAAUGGAUGAGGGUUUCGAAGCUACUUUUCCUUUUCAAAAGUUUGUACGUAUAAUGACUCUGGUGUAUGAGUUCAGCUGUCAAGGGGAAGAAGGGAAGGCGUGUGAACAGCUGACUUUGUGCGGCCAGCUGAUUGAGGACGAGAAAGACAAGGACGUUGCGACAUACAACAAGUUAAGAACUGCUCUAAUCCACACAGUUCAGGCUACCAGAGCACACCUGCUCUCACAUGCCGGCAAGAUGUCAGAGGCCAAACAAAUUGCAGAUAGUAUUCAGCCUGUGUCAUCUCUACCAAAGAAUGAUCAGGCAGCAAUACAGGCAGUUAAAGCCAGAUUCUUUUAUCUCUACCGGAAUCAAGGAACCAGGUUGGCAGUGCAGUGCGCCAAGAUGGCCCUGACUCUAGCUCCGGAUGAGCCACUGUGGCAAGUUUUAACAGCCGAGUCUGUCAGACGGCUGCGGAAGUUUCUGCCAAGCACAGAUCAGGUAUCGGAGGAGGAAGUGUUAUUACUCGAGAGUGCUGUGAGCAAGCAGCGCAACGCACGACAUCUGGUGCUACUGGCCCAAGCCCACAGGGAGAGUGCUGACGCUAUGUUCAAGCAACACCGCUCGGAUCCUGACCUUUUCCACAGCCAAGUCUUUCUUGACAUCAGUGACAUGCAGGCCAAGGCCUUUGAGCUCUACAAAGAAGCACUGUCUCUGAGGCCAGAUGAUGAGGUGGUCAACCGUCUGUGUGGAUAUGGGCUACUGAAACUGCCAGCAUUCAAGUCGGAUUAUCGACUGGCUGAACAUUGCCUUCAGAGAGCUCUGGAAUUAUCUCCCAACAACCCCACCACCAUUCACUCACUUGGCCUCUAUUAUUACAAAGGACUCAUGGAAUACGAGAAAGCAGCACUGUUCUGUGAGAAGGCCGGCAAGCUCGGUAACUUCCCUGCAUCACUGGACAUGCUGCGAAUGAAGCAUCUGGUAUACGGAGCCAACUAUGAUCCUAAGUUCGACUUCCGCAAGCUACUGCAGCAGUACGGUGAUGAUGAGACCAAGAGGCAUGAGGUGCUCUGUCAGAUGGGUUCCUACUUUCUCUUCUUUGAGCGGAACCUCGUCAAGGCCUUGAAAUAUUUCAAGAUACUUAUCAAAGAAGAAGCAGAACUCACAAUUAUGACGAGUCACAAGUGCACCUUUCUGAACAUGGCUCGAAAGAUUAACUUGUUCCAAUGCAUUGUUAAUGAGGGCACUCUACUAUUACAAGGAGAAAUUGAAGCUAACAAAGAAGAAGAAAAUAGCUUAAAUGAUGUGAAAACAUUUUUGGAUGAGCUGAAGAUAUCUAACCCAGAGUUAUUUGAUCACCCUGUGAAUAAGAAUCUAGUAGAUGAUCUGCACAAGGUAUCAGAUGACAUCAAACAAACAUACCUUCGGAAAAAAGAACGUAGGGAUAGCUUAAAAGAAAAACGAAGAAAUUCCAGCCGCCGCGGUAGUUUGGAGGAUAACUUUGCCGUCAUAAGACGUCACAGUGAAGGAGGAGCAAACUUUAGACGAAGAAGUUCAGGCAAUAUAAACGAUAAUUUAAUGGCCAGACGUUCUAGAAACCCAAACAAUUUGAGUUACAAACAAAAAAAAUUGGAGAAACUAACAUCUUCAAAUUUAUCUGAAUCAGAAAAAUCUUCAAAUAUUCAGAAAAAACAAGAAUUUCACAAAUCACAUGGUUACUACAGAGAUGCAAUUAUUAGUAACUUUCGACAUCGAAGUUCAGGUGCCAGCAGUGAUGUUUCUGAAGGUCACAGAAGUCCAAACAGCCCUAAACACAAACAACAUUUUUUUGAAACGCGUCAAAUCUCUGAACCAAUAAGUGAAAGUUCACGCGAAACUUGGAAAAAAUCAAGAGAUAGAUUGGGAAGUGAUGCGAUUCAAUCAAAUGGGUACCAGACUGGAAAUAAUUGGAGCCAAAGCAAAAGACAUCAGUCUUGGAAUUCAUCAAGUGAAAAACCAAUUAAUGAAAACUGGCGCAGAAAAGAUGAAAAUAACUGAAAAAUAGAACAAUUAAUCUCAAAGUCAAUAUUGUUGGGGAAGAAGUGAACCUAAUUGAUGAUAGGUGUGCUAUCAAAUCUAAGAUAAAGCAACCACCAGUGGUUUGCUCAUCCAUUAAAUUGUGAUCACUACACAUGUCCAAAAUACAUCAGGAUAGCUGGGAGCUCUAACACUCUACUUUUUGACAUACAGCUAACUGUGUAGUAUAUUCCACCCUCAAUCUACACUUGGGUUUUUUUUGGAGGAGCAAUCUUAAAUAUUGUUAAAUUUUAAUCAACAAAUUAACUUAAGUUGGUUCAAUAAAUUAUUGUGUCAGGCAAAUAUACCAGUUUUAUACAUAAACACUAAAAAGAUGCAUGAUUUGUGUUUAAUUUUGAGAAGGGAGUCUAUAAAAUUGAAAUAACAAACACCACAUGAGGUAUCACUUCUUAAUGAAUAACAUUCUCAUCAUCAUUGGUUAUGAGUUAAGUAAACCACCUGAAAAUAUGUCUAAUGAGGAAGGUUAGUUCAUAGAGGAAGGAGGUCACCCUUCCGUUGUCUUUCUAAAGAGAAACUAGGACUUUUAUAACAUCAAGCUAGACAGGACCACCGUUUAGCUCACCACUGCAACUGUGAUUAAUGUUUCAGUUUGUUGGUUCUUACUGUAACAAUUCCUACUUCGCAACCUGUAAUCCUGAGGAACUAAAAAAGCAAGUUUUAUAAAUUAAAAUAAAUAUUAAAACAAAACAGCUAAUGGUGGCAGGAUUUUAACACUCUCAACUUAGCAUGCAUAUUAGCUGCUUUAUACUUAUAAUCUCUACAUCAGUUUCUUUACUCAACUCAUCUCUUACUUGUUAAAAUAUAUACUAUCAUUUGUUGAUUUUAUAAAUAAAUACUCAUUCUCAAA